AUGACUCUGCUCGUGUCCCCACUGCACCUGUACUGGGACCUGAUGGACUUCACCAAUGAGCUCCGCGACAGCCUGUACCGCAUUGAUGACACCUGGAGGCACCGUAAUUUCAUCUCCGAUGAUGAUGACCCCCCCGCCUCCCUGAGCCAGGCCCUGGCCACCCACAAGAGCAGCCCAUGCACGCACUGGAUCUGUGUGCAAAUGAAGGCCUGGAAGUGGCCGCGGUCAGUGGCUGCACUCAAGGACAGGCGGGAUGAGAUGACGCUGCUGCUCAUGUCCACAGUGAGCCUGUACCGGGACCUGGAGGACUUCACUAGGGAGCUCCGGGCCACUCUGUAUCCCAUUGAUGGCACCUGGUGGCGCCAGGAUGUCCCUGUGGAUGAUGAUGACCCUCCCGUCUCCCUCAGCCAGGCCCUGGCCGCCUACAAGAGCACCCAAUGGACCACCUCGUUCCGUGUGGAAAUGGAGGUCAGGAAGUGGCUUCGGUCAGUGGAUGUACUUGUGGGCAGGAGGGCCGAGCUGGCCAGGAAGGCCACCAAGCUCCACAACACCUGCAGGCUGCAGCGCCUGCUCAGGGACACCAAGGCCACCCUGAAGAGGACAAAGAAGCAGUCCAUCAAUGUCCCCAAUGCCUUGGCGGCCAAGGUGGCCGUGGCCGGGCUGCUGUGGAAGACCAACACCCGCCUGACCAAGGAUCACCUGGGGAAGACACUUCCAGACGUCAUUGAAUUCUUGUUCAAUGGUGGUCUUGACAGCCCCAGUGCCUGUGGGAUGGCUGAGCGACAGGAUGAGGAGAUGCUGCCUGUGUCCCCAUUGCACCUGUACUGGCACCUGGAGGAAUUCACCAAUGAGUUCUGGACCACCCUGCACUGUAUUGAUGACACCUGGAGGCACCAGAAUGUCACCGUGAAUGGUGAUGACCCUGUCACCUCCCUGAGCCAGGCCCUGGCUGCCUACAAGAGCACGCCAUGGAUCUCCCAGAACCGUGUGACAAUGGCAACCAGGAAGUGGCAGGGGUUGGUGGCUGCACUUGUGAACAGCUGGGCCGAGCUGGCCCAGAAAGCCACCGAGCUCCGCAACACCUGGAGGGAGGUGGUCACUGAGGCGGCCGCCGCCCGGGCCAGGGCCCUGCAGGAUGAGGUUGCCUGUUAUUGGACAGCUCAAGAAAACAUGCUGCAGCGCAGGGUUGGGGACAUCGAGGCCGCCUUGAAGGGGACAAAUGAGGUGUCCUGUGAUGUCCCCAAUGCCUUGAUUGCCAAGGUGGCUGUGGCCGAGUGGCUGUGGGAGGCCAACACCCGCCUGGCCAAGGAUCACCUGGGAGGGACACUUCAAGACAUGAUCAACUUCUAUUAUGGUUGUGCUCCUGACAGCCCCCGUUGCCGCGGGGUGGCGGAGUGGUGCCAAAGAGCCAUCGAGGACAUCCCAAGGCUCCUUCGACCCCCAGAGGGUCCCCAAGGUGUCUCCAAGGUGUACCGAGUGAGCAUGGAGCCCCAAGAGCUGUCCCCAGCCCUGCUGCAGCCACAGGUCACUGUGGUGGCCAUCCUGGGCGAGCUGCUGGCCACCCUGCCCAGUCUGGACACGAUGAUGAUGCUGCUCCUGUCUCCAAGCUGCCUGUACUGGGACCUGAUUGACUUCACCAGGGAGCUCCAGACCACCUUGUAUCGCUUUGAUGCCGCCUGGUGGUGCCGCAGUGUCAGGUUCAAUGACGAUGACCCUCCCACCUCCCUGAGCCGGACCCUGGCUGCCUACAAGAGCACCAGAUGGACCACCUGUUUCCAUGUAAGACGGGCGACCAGCAAGUGGCAGCGGUCACUGUCUAUGCUCAUGAACAGCUGGGUCCAGCUGGCCAGGGAGGCCACCGAGCUCUGCAACACCUGCAGGGAUUUGGCCACCAAGGCGGCCGACAGGGCGGCCACCGCCGCCGCCACCGCCCGGGCCAGGGCCCUGCAGGAUGAGGCUGCCCGUUAUUGGACAGCUCAGGAAAACAUGGUGAAGUUUCGUCAGGCCCUGGGCGGGGAGGAGGGGGCUGAGGUGGUGGUCAGGCAUGAAGCCCAGGAUCACCUGGUGGGGACACUUCAAGACAUCAUCAAGUUUUAUUUCCAUGAUGGUCCCACCAGCCGCAGUGCCCGUGAGGUGGCCGAGCGGUGCCAAAGAGCCAUCGAGGACAUCCCAAGGCUCCUUCAACCCCUGGAGCGUCCCCAGAGCAUCCCCAGGGUGUCCCCAGAGACUAUGGAGAUUGAAGAGCUCUCCCUUGCCUUGCUGCAGCCACAGAUCACCGUGGUGGCCACCCUGUGUGAGCUGCUGGCCACCCUGCCCAGGCAGGACGAGGAGAUGCUGCUGCCCAUGUCCCCAGAGGGCCUGUACUCAGACCUAAAAAAUUUCACCAGAGAGCUGCGGGAGAGGUUGUACUAUAUUGAUGACACCUGGUGGCGCCGCGAUGUCACCUGGGAUUAUGAUGACCCUCCCGCUUCCGAUGAUGAUGAUGAUGAUGAUGAUGAUGAUGAUGACUCUUACACCUAUGAUGGUGAUGACCCCCCUACCUCCCUCAGCCAGGCCCUGGCUGCCUAUGAGAGCACCCCAUGGACGCGCUGCAAUCGUGUGACAAUGGAGGCCAGUAAAUGGCAAUUCUCAGUGUCUGUGCUUGUGAACAGCUGGGCCGAGCUGGCCAGGAAGGCCUCCAAGCUCCGCAAAGCCUGCAGGAAGAUGGCCACCAAGGCAGCCGACAGGGCAGCCACCGCCACCAGCCGGGCCACGGAGCUGCAGGCCAUGGCUGAUCACCUGGUGGGGGCACUUGACGACAUCAUCACCUUCAAUUGCCAUUUUCGUGUUCUCAGCUUUGCCGAUGAGGUGGCUGAGCAGGUGGCCGAGCGGUGCCAAAGAGCCAUCAAGGACAUCCCAAGGCUCCUUCGAUACCGGGAUCAUCCCCAAGGUGUCCCCAAGGUGUCCCCAAUGACUAUGGAGCUCCAAGAGCUUUUCCCGGCCCUGAUGCAGCCACAGGUCACUGUCGUGGCCAUCCUGGGUGAGCUGCUGGCCAACCUGCCCAGGUGGGACUGGGAGGUGCCCGUGUCCCUUCAGUGUCUGCACUGGGACCUGGAGGAAUACUCCAGGGAUCUCCGGGCCACCCUGCACUGCACUGAAGACACCUGGUGGCACAACAUUGUCACCUCUGAUGAUGAUGGACCUAUCACCUCCCUUAGCCAGGCCCUGGCCGCCUUCAGGAGCACCCCAUGGCCCCCUCAGAACCGUGUGACAAUGGCAGCCAGCAAGUGGCAGCAGUCGGUGGCUGUGCUUGUGGACAGCUGGGCCCAGCUGGCCAGGAAAGCCACCCAGCUCCACAACACCUGGAGGGAGGUGGCCACCGAGGCGGCGGACAGGGUGGCCACCGCCACUGCCCAGGCCAGGGAGCUGCAGGACGAGGCUGCUCGUUAUGGGACAGCUCAGGAAAACAUGGUGGAACUGGGUCAGGCCCUGGGCAGGGAGGAGGGGGCUGAGGUGGUGGCCGGGCAGGAAGCCCAGGUGAGGAGAAAGGCCAGGGUGGCUGCCAGAGAGGCAACAAGGGCCACCAUGGUGAGACAGUGGCUGGAGGUGGCCCUGGGGCUGCUGGAGCGCUUGGUGGCCGCGUGUGACGAAGCCACUGCGUUCCCCCGGGAGCUGCAGCGCAGGGUUGGGGCCAUUGAGGCCGCCCUGAAGGGGACAAAUGUGGCGUCCCCCGAUGUCCCCGAGGACUUGGUGGCCAAGGUGGCUGUGGCCGAGUGGCUGCGGGAGGCCAACGCCCGCCUGGUCAAGGAUCAGCUGGAGGGGGCACUUAAUGACAUCAAUGCGUUCUAUUACGGUUAUGGUCCCAACAGCCCCCAUUACCGCGGGGUGGCCGAGCGGUGCCAAAGAGUCAUCAAGGACAUCCCAAGGCUCCUUCGACCCCCAGAGUGUCCCCAGAGCGUCCCCAGGGUGUCCCGAGUGGGCAUGGAGCCCCAAGAGCUGUCCCCGGCCCUGCUGCAGCCACAGGUCACCAUGGUGGCCAUCAUGGGCGAGUUGCUGGCCACCCUGCCCAAUCUGAAUGAGGAGAUGCUGCUGGUGUCCCCAGGGUGCCUGUACUGGCAACUGGAGGAAUUCACCUCGGAUCUCUGGGUCACCCUGUACCGCACUGAUGCCACCUGGUGUUGCCGCAAUGUCACCUCCAAUGAUGAUGACCGUCUCACCUCCCUGAGCCAGGCCCUGGCUGCCUACAAGAGCACACCAUGGACUACCUGGGAUGAUGUGACAAUGGUGGCCAGCAAGUGGCAGCGGUCGGUGUCUAUGCUCAUGUACAGCUGGACCGAGCUGGCCAUGAAGGCCACCGAGCUGUGCAACACCUGGAAGGAGGUGGCCACUGAUGCGGCUGACAGGGUGGCCUUCUACACCGCCCGGGCCAGGGCCCUGCAGGACGAGGCUGCCCGUUAUGGGACAGCUCAGGAAAAUAUUGUAGAGCUGGGUCAGGCCCUGGGCAGGGAGGAGGGGGCUGAGGUGGUGGCCAGGCAUGAAGCUUGGGUGAGGAGGGAGGUCAAGGUGUCUGCCAGCGAGGCAACAAGGGCCACCAUGGAGAGGCAGCAGGCAGGGGUGGCCCUGGGGCUGCUGGAGCGCUUGGCGGCCGCGUGUGACGAAGCCACCGCGUUCCCCCGGGAGCUGCAGCGCCUGCUCAGGGACAUCGAGGGCACCCUGAAGGAGACAAAUGAGGCGUCUCCUGAUGUCCCCAAGGACUUGGUGGCCAAGGUGGCCGACGCCGAGCGGCUGUGGGAGGCGAAUGCCCGCCUGGCCAAUGAUCACCUGGCAGAGACAGUUCGAGACAUCAUCAAGUUCUUGUUCCCUGGUGGUCCCGCCAGCCUCAGUGCCCGUGAGGUGGCUGAGCGGUGCCAAAGAGCCAUCGAUGAUAUCCCAAGGCUCCUUCGACCCCUGGAGUGUCCCCAAGGUGUCCCCAAGGUGUCCCCAGUGACCAUGGAGCUCCAAGAGCUGUCCCCGGCCCUUCUGCAGCCACAGGUCACUGUCGUGGCCAUCCUGGGUGAGCUGCUGGCCACCCUGCCCAGUGAGGAUGAGAUUAAUCUGCUGUUCACGUGUCCAAGUGACUUUUACAGGGACCUGGAGGUCCUCACCUGGAAGCUCCGGGACACCCGGCACUGCAUUGAAGACUGGAGGCACUGCACUGUCACCUGGGAUGAUGAUGACCCUGUCACCUCCCUUAGCCAGGCCCUGGCUGCCUGGGAGAGCACCCCAGGGAUGUCCCAGAAGCGUGCGACAGUGGCAGCCAGGAAUUGGCAGGGGUUGGUAAAUGCGCUUGUGAACAGCUGGGCCCAGCUGGCCAGGAUAGCCACCAAGCUCCCCAAUGCCUGCAGGGAUUUGGCCACCAAGGCAGCCGACAGAGCAGCCACCGCCACCGCCCGGGCCAGGGAGCUGCGGGUUGAGGAGAUGAAUCUGCACGUCCCAAAGUGCCUGUACUGGGACCUGGAGAAUUUCACCAGCAACCUUCGCUUCACCCUGUUCUGCACUGAUAACACCUGGUGGCGCCACAGUGUCACCUCUGGUGAUGAUGACCCUGUCACCUCCCUCAGCCGGGCCCUGGCUGCCUGUGAGAGCACCCGAGGGACCACCUGGGACAAUGUGACAAAGGCGGCCAGCGAGUGGCAGUGGUUGGUUUCUGUGCAUGUGAACAGCUGGGCCGAGCUGGCCAUGAAGGCCACCAAGCUUCGCAACGCCUGCAGGGACGUGGUCACUGAGGCGGCCGACAGGGAGGCCUCUGCCACUGCCUGGGCAAGGGACUUGCAGGCCCUGGCUGCCCGUGAUGGGACAGCUCAGGAAAACAUGGUGGAGCUGAGUCAGGCCCUGGUCAGGGAGGAGGGGGCCGAGAUGGAGGACAGGUAUGAAACCCAGCCAUCCCCUCCCCAGCUGCUGGAGGCUCUGGUGUCCGUGGUGGCCACUCUGGGUGAGGUGACAGCCACUGUGACCGGGCCACGCAGGGGCGUACGGCGCUGUGUGCCCCCAAAGUUGCUGCAUGGGGCCCUGAGGAUCUUCACCUGGAGCCUCCGGGCCACGCGCAGUGACCAGGUGGUGGCGGCCACCAAUGAGGCCAUGGGAGAGGCUGUGGUGGCCCCCAGGCCGGUGAGGGUGGCCAUCAGGAGGAGACAUUGGGCAGAGGUGGCCCUGGAGCCGCUGCAGCGCUUGGUGGAUGUGUGUGACAGAGCCACUGAGUUUAUCAGUUACAUGGAGUGCCAGCUCGGGGACAUCGAGGCUGCCCUGGAGGGGAGAAAGGAGGCAUCCCCCGAUGUCCCCGAGGACUUGGUGGCCAAACCCCCUCCUCAUCGCUCCCGCCCCCCGCUCCCGGUGCUGACCGCGGGGGGGUCGCCCAUCUCGCGCUGCCGGGGGGGGUCUCGGGGCUCCCUCGGCGCCCCCAAAUUCCCGCCCCGCCCCCUUCCCCCGCGGCCUCAGCCCCGCUCCGCCGCCGCUGGGCCCCACCGGGACCACAAUGCCCACAAUGCACCGCGGUUCUGCCGGAAGCGGCCGCCGACACUGCCCCGGGGGAAACUUCCGCCAGUACUUCUGCCGGGCGCGGCUUUUGAGUGA